GCCCAAUGUAUGCGGCUCCAGGUUCCACUCCUACUGCUGCCCGGGAUGGAAGACGCUCCCUGGAGGAAACCAGUGCAUUGUCCCAAUUUGUAGGAAUAGUUGUGGAGAUGGAUUUUGUUCCCGUCCUAACAUGUGUACUUGUUCCAGCGGCCAAAUAUCACCAACCUGCGGAUCAAAAUCAAUUCAGCAGUGCAGCGUGAGAUGCAUGAAUGGUGGGACCUGUGCAGAUGACCAUUGUCAGUGCCAGAAGGGAUACAUUGGAACCUAUUGUGGACAACCUGUCUGUGAAAAUGGAUGUCAGAACGGUGGACGUUGUAUUGGACCCAACCGCUGUGCUUGUGUUUAUGGAUUCACUGGUCCACAGUGUGAAAGAGAUUACAGGACAGGCCCGUGUUUUACUCAGGUCAACAACCAGAUGUGUCAAGGGCAGCUGACAGGCAUUGUCUGCACGAAGACUCUGUGCUGUGCCACCAUUGGACGGGCCUGGGGCCACCCCUGUGAGAUGUGUCCAGCCCAGCCUCAGCCCUGCCGACGGGGCUUCAUCCCCAACAUCCGCACCGGAGCCUGCCAAGAUGUUGAUGAAUGCCAGGCUAUUCCGGGGAUAUGCCAGGGAGGAAACUGCAUCAAUACAGUGGGCUCUUUUGAAUGCAGAUGCCCUGCUGGUCACAAGCAGAGUGAAACUACUCAGAAAUGUGAAGACAUCGAUGAGUGCAGCCUCAUUCCUGGGAUAUGUGAAACUGGUGAAUGUUCCAACACCGUGGGAAGCUAUUUUUGUGUUUGUCCACGUGGAUACGUAACCUCAACAGAUGGCUCUCGGUGCAUUGAUCAGAGAACGGGCACGUGUUUCUCCGGCCUGGUGAAUGGUCGCUGUGCACAAGAGCUCCCUGGCAGAAUGACAAAAACGCAGUGCUGCUGUGAGCCCGGCCGCUGCUGGAGCAUCGGAUCCAUUCCUGAGGCCUGUCCUGUCAGAGGUUCUGAGGAAUAUCGCAGACUUUGCACGGAUGGACUUCCAAUGGGAGGGAUUCCAGGGAGUGCUGGCUCCAGACCUGGAGGCACUGGGGGAAAUGGCUUUGCUCCAAGUGGCAAUGGCAAUGGCUAUGGCCCAGGAGGGGCAGGCUUCAUCCCCAUUCCUGGAGGCAAUGGCUUUUCUCCUGGCGUUGGGGGAGCAGGUGUGGGGGCCGGAGGACAGGGGCCUAUCAUCACUGGACUGACAAUUCUGAACCAGACAAUAGAUAUCUGCAAGCACCAUGCUAAUCUUUGUUUAAAUGGACGCUGCAUACCUACUGUUUCUAGCUACCGAUGUGAAUGCAACAUGGGUUAUAAGCAGGAUGCAAAUGGAGAUUGUAUAGAUGUUGAUGAAUGCACAUCAAAUCCCUGCACUAAUGGAGAUUGUGUUAACACACCUGGAUCCUAUUAUUGUAAAUGUCAUGCUGGAUUCCAGAGGACUCCUACCAAGCAAGCAUGCAUCGAUAUUGAUGAGUGCAUCCAAAAUGGGGUUCUUUGUAAAAAUGGUCGAUGCGUGAACACAGAUGGAAGUUUCCAGUGCAUUUGCAAUGCCGGCUUUGAAUUAACUACAGAUGGAAAAAACUGUGUUGAUCACGAUGAAUGUACAACCACCAACAUGUGUUUGAAUGGGAUGUGUAUCAAUGAGGAUGGCAGCUUCAAGUGUAUCUGCAAACCAGGGUUUGUCUUGGCUCCAAAUGGGCGUUACUGUACUGACAUUGAUGAAUGCCAGACCCCAGGAAUCUGCAUGAACGGGCACUGCAUCAACAAUGAAGGGUCCUUCCGCUGUGACUGUCCCCCAGGCCUGGCUGUGGGCGUGGAUGGACGAGUCUGCGUUGAUACGCACAUGCGCAGUACCUGCUAUGGUGGAAUCAAGAAGGGAGUGUGCGUGCGUCCUUUCCCUGGUGCGGUGACCAAGUCCGAAUGCUGCUGUGCCAAUCCAGACUAUGGAUUCGGAGAGCCCUGCCAGCCAUGCCCUGCUAAAAAUUCAGGUAAUCUGCAUUUAUCAACAAACAAUAAAAUGUCUGUGAGCAUUAAACUUUCAACAUUUAAUGCAGAUAUCAAUGAGUGUGCUUUGGAUCCCGAUAUCUGUGCCAAUGGAAUUUGUGAAAACUUACGUGGUAGUUACCGUUGUAAUUGCAACAGUGGCUACGAACCAGAUGCCUCUGGAAGAAACUGUAUUGACAUUGAUGAGUGCUUGGUAAACAGACUGCUUUGUGAUAAUGGACUGUGCCGAAACACGCCAGGAAGCUACAGCUGCACCUGCCCACCUGGGUAUGUGUUCAGGACCGAGACAGAGACCUGUGAAGAUAUAAAUGAAUGUGAAAGCAACCCAUGUGUCAACGGGGCCUGCAGGAACAACCUUGGAUCUUUCAAUUGUGAAUGUUCUCCUGGUAGCAAACUCAGCUCCACAGGAUUGAUCUGUAUUGACAGCCUGAAAGGGACGUGUUGGCUCAACAUCCAGGACAACCGCUGUGAGGUGAAUAUUAACGGAGCCACUCUGAAAUCCGAAUGCUGUGCCACCCUCGGAGCUGCCUGGGGGAGCCCCUGUGAGCGGUGUGAACUAGACACCGCUUGCCAAAGAGGGUUUGCCAGGAUUAAAGGUAUUACUUGUGAAGACGUUAAUGAAUGUGAGGUGUUUCCUGGCAUUUGUCCAAAUGGACGCUGUGUCAAUAGCAAAGGAUCUUUUCAUUGUGAGUGCCCUGAAGGCCUUACGUUGGAUGGAACUGGCCGUGUGUGUUUGGAUAUCCGCACGGAGCACUGUUACUUGAAGUGGGAUGAAGAUGAGUGCAUCCACCCUGUUCCUGGAAAGUUCCGCAUGGACGCCUGCUGCUGUGCAGUUGGGGCAGCCUGGGGCAGCGAGUGCGAGGAAUGCCCCAAACCCGGCACCAAGGAGUACGAGACCCUGUGUCCCCGAGGGCCUGGCUUCGCUAACAGAGGGGACGUUCUUACCGGGCGGCCAUUUUACAAAGAUAUCAAUGAGUGCAAAGCAUUUCCUGGGAUGUGCACCUACGGAAAGUGCAGAAACACGAUUGGAAGUUUCAAGUGCCGUUGCAACAGUGGCUUUGCUCUGGACAUGGAGGAAAGAAACUGCACAGACAUCGACGAGUGCAGGAUUUCUCCUGACCUCUGUGGCAGCGGUAUCUGUGUCAACACCCCGGGCAGCUUUGAGUGCGAGUGCUUCGAGGGCUACGAAAGUGGCUUCAUGAUGAUGAAGAACUGCAUGGACAUUGACGAAUGUGAACGUAACCCUCUCCUUUGUAGGGGUGGCACCUGUGUGAACACUGAGGGCAGCUUUCAGUGUGACUGCCCACUGGGACACGAGCUGUCACCAUCACGUGAGGACUGUGUGGAUAUUAAUGAAUGCUCCCUGAGCGACAAUCUCUGCAGAAAUGGGAAGUGUGUGAACAUGAUUGGAACCUAUCAGUGCUCCUGCAAUCCUGGAUACCAGGCCACGCCAGACCGCCAGGGCUGUACAGAUAUAGAUGAAUGUAUGAUAAUGAAUGGAGGCUGUGACACCCAGUGCACUAAUUCAGAAGGAAGCUACGAAUGCAGCUGCAGUGAAGGCUAUGCCCUGAUGCCAGAUGGGAGAUCGUGUGCAGAUAUUGAUGAAUGUGAAAACAACCCUGAUAUCUGUGAUGGUGGCCAGUGUACCAACAUUCCUGGAGAGUAUCGCUGUCUCUGUUAUGAUGGCUUCAUGGCUUCAAUGGACAUGAAAACAUGCAUUGAUGUGGACGAGUGUGAAAUUGGUGCUCACAACUGCGACAUGCACGCUUCAUGUCUGAAUGUCCCAGGAAGCUUCAAAUGUGGCUGCAGAGAAGGCUGGGUUGGAAAUGGCAUCAAAUGUAUUGAUGUGGACGAGUGUGAAAUUGGUGCUCACAACUGCGACAUGCAUGCUUCAUGUCUGAAUGUCCCAGGAAGCUUCAAAUGUGGCUGCAGAGAAGGCUGGGUUGGAAAUGGCAUCAAAUGUAUUGAUCUGGAUGAAUGUUCUAAUGGAACCCACCAGUGCAGCAUAAAUGCUCAGUGUGUAAAUACCCCUGGCUCAUACCGAUGUGCCUGCUCUGAAGGUUUCACUGGAGAUGGCUUUACCUGCUCGGAUGUUGAUGAGUGUGCAGAAAACAUAAAUCUCUGUGAAAACGGACAGUGCCUCAACGUCCCGGGUGCAUAUCGCUGUGAGUGUGAGAUGGGCUUCACUCCAGCCUCAGACAGCAGAUCCUGCCAAGAUAUUGAUGAAUGCUCCUUCCAAAAUAUUUGUGUAUUUGGAACAUGUAAUAAUUUGCCUGGAAUGUUUCAUUGUAUCUGCGAUGAUGGUUAUGAACUGGACAGAACAGGAGGGAACUGUACAGACAUUGAUGAGUGUGCAGAUCCCAUAAACUGUGUCAAUGGCCUAUGUGUCAACACACCUGGUCGCUAUGAGUGUAACUGCCCACCUGAUUUUCAGUUGAACCCCACUGGUGUGGGUUGUGUUGACAACCGUGUGGGCAACUGCUACUUGAAGUUUGGUCCUCGAGGAGACGGGAGUCUGUCGUGCAACACCGAGAUUGGGGUGGGCGUCAGCCGUUCCUCGUGCUGCUGCUCCCUGGGGAAGGCCUGGGGGAACCCCUGCGAGACGUGCCCCCCUGUCAAUAGCACUGAAUAUUACACCCUGUGUCCUGGAGGUGAAGGCUUCAGACCUAACCCCAUCACAAUCAUCUUAGAAGACAUUGACGAAUGCCAGGAGUUGCCAGGCCUCUGCCAGGGUGGAAACUGCAUCAAUACUUUCGGGAGCUUCCAGUGUGAGUGCCCACAAGGCUACUACCUCAGCGAGGAAACCCGCAUCUGCGAAGAUAUUGAUGAGUGUUUUGCACAUCCUGGUGUGUGUGGGCCUGGGACCUGCUAUAACACCCUGGGAAACUACACCUGCAUUUGCCCACCUGAAUACAUGCAGGUCAAUGGAGGUCACAACUGCAUGGACAUGAGAAAAAGCUUUUGCUACCGAAGCUAUAAUGGAACCACUUGUGAAAACGAGUUACCUUUUAAUGUGACAAAGAGGAUGUGCUGCUGCACAUAUAAUGUGGGCAAAGCCUGGAACAAACCUUGUGAACCAUGCCCAACACCAGGAACAGCUGACUUUAAAACCAUAUGUGGGAAUAUUCCUGGAUUCACCUUUGACAUUCACACAGGAAAAGCUGUUGACAUCGAUGAAUGUAAAGAGAUUCCAGGCAUUUGUGCAAAUGGUGUAUGCAUUAACCAGAUUGGCAGUUUCCGCUGUGAAUGCCCUACAGGAUUCAGUUACAAUGAUCUGCUCUUGGUCUGUGAAGAUAUUGACGAGUGCAGCAAUGGCGAUAACCUCUGCCAGCGAAACGCAGACUGCAUCAACAGCCCCGGCAGUUACCGCUGCGAAUGUGCGGCGGGCUUCAAACUUUCACCCAAUGGGGCCUGUGUGGAUCGCAAUGAAUGUUUAGAAAUUCCUAAUGUUUGCAGUCAUGGCCUAUGCGUUGAUUUGCAAGGAGGUUACCAGUGCAUCUGUCACAAUGGCUUUAAAGCUUCUCAGGACCAGACCAUGUGCAUGGAUGUUGAUGAGUGUGAGCGGCAUCCCUGUGGAAAUGGAACUUGUAAAAACACCGUUGGAUCCUAUAACUGUCUGUGCUACCCAGGGUUUGAACUCACUCAUAAUAACGAUUGCCUAGACAUAGAUGAGUGCAGUUCCUUUUUUGGUCAGGUGUGCAGAAAUGGACGGUGUUUCAAUGAAAUUGGCUCCUUCAAGUGUUUAUGCAAUGAAGGUUACGAACUUACCCCAGAUGGCAAAAACUGUAUAGAUAUAAACGAAUGUGAUGAAGAUCCCAACAUUUGUCUUUUUGGUUCCUGCACCAAUACUCCAGGGGGCUUCCAGUGCAUCUGCCCGCCUGGCUUUGUACUGUCUGAUAACGGACGGAGAUGCUUUGAUACUCGCCAGAGCUUCUGCUUCACAAAUUUUGAAAAUGGGAAGUGUUCAGUACCCAAAGCUUUCAACACCACAAAAGCAAAAUGCUGCUGUAGUAAGAUGCCAGGAGAGGGCUGGGGGGACCCCUGUGAGCUGUGCCCCAAAGAUGACGAAGUUGCAUUCCAGGAUUUGUGUCCAUAUGGCCAUGGAACUGUCCCUAGUCUUCAUGAUACACGUGAAGAUGUCAAUGAGUGUCUUGAGAGCCCAGGCAUUUGUUCAAAUGGUCAGUGUAUCAACACCGAUGGGUCUUUUCGCUGUGAAUGUCCAAUGGGCUACAACCUUGAUUACACUGGAGUGCGUUGCGUGGAUACUGAUGAGUGUUCAAUCGGCAACCCAUGCGGAAAUGGUACAUGCACCAAUGUUAUUGGGAGUUUUGAAUGCAAUUGCAAUGAAGGCUUUGAGCCAGGGCCCAUGAUGAAUUGUGAAGAUAUCAAUGAAUGUGCCCAGAACCCACUGCUCUGUGCUUUCCGCUGCAUGAACACCUUUGGGUCCUAUGAAUGCACGUGUCCCAUUGGCUAUGCCCUCAGGGAAGACCAAAAGAUGUGCAAAGAUCUGGAUGAAUGUGCCGAAGGGUUGCAUGACUGUGAAUCUAGAGGCAUGAUGUGUAAGAAUCUGAUUGGCACCUUCAUGUGUAUCUGCCCCCCUGGAAUGGCCCGAAGGCCUGAUGGAGAAGGCUGUGUAGAUGAAAACGAAUGCAGGGCGAAGCCAGGAAUUUGUGAAAAUGGACGUUGUGUUAACAUUAUUGGAAGCUACAGGUGUGAGUGUAAUGAAGGAUUCCAGUCAAGUUCCUCAGGCACUGAAUGCCUUGACAAUCGACAGGGACUCUGCUUUGCAGAGGUAUUGCAGACAAUGUGUCAGAUGGCAUCCAGUAGCCGCAAUCUUGUCACCAAGUCAGAAUGCUGCUGCGAUGGUGGGCGAGGCUGGGGGCACCAGUGUGAGCUUUGCCCACUUCCUGGAACUGCCCAGUACAAAAAGAUAUGUCCUCAUGGCCCAGGAUACACCACUGAUGGAAGAGAUAUUGAUGAAUGUAAGGUAAUGCCCAACCUCUGUGCCAACGGUCAGUGCAUCAAUACCAUGGGUUCAUUCCGAUGCUUCUGCAAAGUUGGCUACACCACAGACAUCAGUGGAACCUCUUGUGUAGACCUUGAUGAAUGUUCCCAGUCCCCAAAACCAUGCAACUUUAUCUGCAAGAACACUGAGGGGAGUUACCAGUGUUCUUGUCCGCGGGGGUACGUCCUGCAGGAGGAUGGGAAGACGUGCAAAGACCUCGAUGAAUGUCAAACCAAACAGCACAAUUGCCAGUUCCUCUGUGUCAACACCCUUGGGGGUUUUACUUGUAAAUGUCCACCUGGUUUCACACAGCAUCACACUGCUUGUAUUGACAACAAUGAAUGUGGGUCUCAGCCUUCUCUUUGUGGAGCAAAGGGAAUCUGUCAAAACACCCCUGGAAGUUUCAGCUGCGAGUGCCAGAGAGGGUUCUCUCUUGAUGCCACUGGACUGAACUGUGAAGAUGUUGAUGAAUGUGAUGGAAACCACAGGUGCCAGCAUGGCUGCCAGAACAUCCUAGGCGGCUACAGGUGUGGCUGCCCUCAGGGGUACAUUCAGCACUACCAGUGGAAUCAGUGCGUCGAUGAGAAUGAAUGCUCCAACCCAAAUGCCUGUGGCUCUGCAUCCUGCUACAACACCCUGGGGAGUUACAAGUGCGCCUGCCCCUCAGGGUUCUCCUUCGACCAGUUCUCCAGUGCCUGCCACGACGUGAACGAGUGCUCGUCCUCCAAGAACCCAUGCAAUUAUGGCUGCUCCAACACAGAAGGGGGCUACCUCUGCGGCUGCCCACCUGGGUACUACAGAGUGGGACAGGGCCACUGUGUCUCAGGAAUGGGAUUUAACAAAGGGCAGUACCUGUCACUGGAUACAGAGGUCGAUGAGGAAAACGCUCUCUCCCCAGAAGCAUGCUACGAGUGCAAAAUCAAUGGCUACCCUAAGAAAGACAGCAGGCAGAAGAGAAGUGUUCACGAGCCCCAAACGACUGCUCUUGAACAGAUCAGCCUAGAGAGUGUCGACAUGGACAGCCCUGUCAACAUGAAGUUCAACCUCUCUGGCCUUGGCUCUAAGGAGCACAUCUUAGAACUCAUGCCUGCCAUCGAACCCCUCAACAACCACAUCCGCUAUGUCAUCUCCCAAGGGAAUGACGAGGGCGUCUUCCGCAUCCACCAAAGGAAUGGGCUCAGCUACUUGCACACAGCCAAGAAGCAGCUUAUGCCCGGCACAUACACACUGGAAAUCACUAGCAUCCCUCUCUACAGGAAGAAGGAGCUUAAAAAACUGGAAGAGAGCAAUGAGGAUGACUACCUCCUAGGGGAGCUCGGGGAGGCUCUCAGAAUGAGGCUGCAGAUUCAGCUCUAUUAAUCCUUCACAGACUUGGCUCCAGGCUCAAAUCCCAGCACAGCCAGCCUUCAGAAGUGUUUGAAAAGUCAGUGACUAAUUAUAAAGAGGAAAAAAAAAUGACUUUUGUUUCUUUCCUCCCUGUCUCAGACUUCAGAAUGUUGACUCUCACAGGGAGAGAUAAUUUAGAUUCUGGUGUGGCCAAAGAUUUGAGUACAAAGGCAACCGUGGUUACUGUAUUUUUUAUAUAACUUCAUUUAAAAAUAUAUUAAAAAAGAAACGAAAUGUUCAAGAGAUCAGCAUAUGGCAGUAAAUGCACAAAAAUAAUGUGAGCUUUUUUUUUUUUUUCCUGUUAGCAGUCUGUAACACUUUGGGUAUUUUGCUAUAGUUGCUAAUUAAAAAAAUAUAGAUGUUUAUUUAUUUUUAAUGCAGUAAUAUAUGGAGAAAUGAACAAACUAUGUAAACAAAAAGGGAAACUCACUUGUUUUUCUUUAGAUUUAUAAAUUUGAGCUAUUUCUUUUAGAGGUGCUUUUAAAAAAUUCAGUAGAUUCAAGAGAUGUUUCCUUUGGUUUUCUGCCAGUCAUCCAACUGGUUCGCACCUGAUUAUUUUAAAGAAAGCCUCACAGAGCUGAAUGGGCAGCAUAAUCAAUAAUUUUAAAGACAUGAAUGUCAUUAGAUCCCUUAUAAAGGAGAUCAAAGCCAGAGCAGCUCAUUGGGACAAUAUUUCAUAUCACCAGACACACCAGGCAACGGAAGAUGAAGCACAACCACUGUAGCAAAAUACCUUGACUGCUUGUGAGACCAUUAGAGUUGCAGGCCAGACUGUACUGUAUUUCCUUCUCAUGACCUCAAGGAACCACAUGUGCUACCCACAACACCUCAUUCUUACCCAGGGUGCGCUGCGUACUUGUGGAACCGUAGGCAGCUGAAGAACCGCCUUUCCUUUGAAAAGGAACACCUGGCGUUCUGUAGUGUUUGGUGCUGUCUUAGAUUAAUGGUGCAUUUAUUAUGUUCAAGCUAUUUCAGGAUUGCCAUAUGUGCAAACAAAUCAUGCAGUACAGCCAAGGAAUAUAUGUUGUUGUUUUUUAUUAAAUCCAUUUUUUUAGAAUUUUCAUUAAUACUGUAGUUAUACACCAUAUGCCUCAUUUUAUCAUAGCCUAUUGUGUAUGAAAGAUGUUUGUACAAUGAAUUGAUGUUUAGUUUGCUUUAGUCAUUUAAAGAGAUAUUGUACCAGGAUGUGCUAAUAAUAAGAGUACAUCUCCAGUUCUCAACCCAAGAACCUGUCCCCGGACCAGUGACCAAACCUCAUAUGUGAAAUGGCCAAAGUAUACACAGAUUCCCGGUUGUUCCUCUCACACCUGUGCUGACCAAAGAUUAGAUCCAGUUAUAUCCAGUGUUUUGGGUUUUGUUUUUUUGUUUUUGUUUUUGUUUUUAAUAACUAAAAAAAAAAAAACCAGUGUAAAUUUGUAAUCAAGUGUUUGUGAGGAAAAACUUAUGGUUUUUGGUUUUGUUUGUUUUUGUAGGUCUAUGUAUCAAAUAUGACACUUUUCUCGCAAUAAAGCUUAUUUUGGGGUA